AAAAACUCGAGAAUCCAUCCAGAAUCCAGAAGAAAAGAAAAGGAAGAAGGCCCAGCGGCGAGUCGUCUGCUUCUCAUCUCUGAUCGUUCCCCUCACCUCCUCCUCCAGUACGCACCAGCCGGCAAAGGGGCGCCCUCCGGCGGCCGGCGACCCACUUCAAAGGAGCACCGACAGCAGUAUGGCGGCCAGACGGAACAUUCCUUAUUCUGUUCUUCCUACGGAGGACAGGGAUGAAGACAAUGUUGACCGCCGGUUCACAUACACUCCAAAAUCCUUGAGGAGGAUCCCGUGGAAGUCGAUUGCCCUAGCAUUGUUCCUCCUCUUCCUGGGAAGCUCUCUUCUCUUCCUUUCGUACUUUAUAUCCACAGGUCACAUGGAGGGUGAUAGCUCUCAGGUGUAUGGUCUAUUGUUCCUGGGCAUCCUUGCCUUUCUUCCUGGAUUUUAUGAGACCCGAGUUGCAUACUAUUCAUGGAGAGGAGCACCAGGGUUCACCUUUGCGGCCAUUCCAGACUAUUAGGCUUCGAUUCUAACUCAUCUACUGGGCAGUAAAGAUAUUGAACAGCAAGAGCCAAAAUACGAAACUUUAUCGAGAAUGAAAUGAGCACUUAUUGUUAUGUUUGUACUACAAAUAGCUAACAUGUAGGUGAAGUCGCCUUGUGUUGAUUCUAUGUCACAUGACGGAGUUGUUCCAUCAGGCAAGCUAUGCAUGUGCUGCAGAGCUAAAGCUGCUCUUGUGCUUUGCUUGCUUGUGCAUUGCUAUGUAGAUUGAACUUCUGGAGUUACCUAAGAUAUUAGCUUUAUGGCUUAAGUAUGUUAAUCUACAAAUAUAUUUUUA